CAACAACAAACAAACAAUCCUCACCUUUCCAUUGCUCCUCCACAGUACUGGAGAGAAAAAUGGAAUGAAAUGAGAGUAGUGUUUUAGAGAGAGAGAGAAAUAGAGAGAUGGGAGAGAGAGAAGAGGUCCAGAAUAAUACUGAUAUAGAGAUAGGUGUGGAGAGAAGGGGACCAUCAUCGUCGUCAUCAUCAUCAAGAAGUGCAUCACCUGAGUCGAGAAGAAUCACGUCGUCUUCACUGAAAGAACCGCUGCUUCUUCCUCAUGAUGCCAAGAGAAUCAACCAGACCUCUCACCUCGCCAUUAUUGGCGCCAAUGUCUGUCCCAUUGAAAGCCUCGACUACGAGAUUAUCGAGAAUGAUCUUUUUAAGCAGGAUUGGAGGUCUAGAACAAAAAAUGAGACACUUCAAUAUGUUUUUUUUAAAUGGACCCUUGUACUCAUUAUCGGUUUAGGUACAGGGUUCGUUGCCUUCUUCAAUAACCUUGCUGUUGAGAAUAUAGCUGGUUUCAAACUUUUGUUCACCAACAGCCUCAUGCUUAAGGAUAAGUAUUUUCAGGCAUUUGCAGCAUAUGCUGGUUGUAACAUGGUUUUGGCCAUUGCAGCUGCUGGACUCUGUGCCUACAUUUCUCCCGCAGCAGCAGGAUCUGGCAUACCUGAGGUGAAAGCUUACCUCAAUGGAAUAGAUGCUCAUUCUAUAUUGGCUCCAAGCACCCUUUUUGUGAAGAUUUUUGGUUCCAUUUUUGGAGUGGCUGCUGGAUUUGUUGUGGGGAAGGAAGGACCUAUGGUACACACUGGUGCCUGCAUAGCCUCUUUACUUGGGCAGGGUGGUUCUCGCAAGUAUGGUUUGACUUGGAAGUGGCUCAGAUACUUCAAAAAUGAUUUGGACCGGCGGGAUUUAAUCACCUGUGGUGCUGCUGCCGGUGUAGCAGCUGCCUUCCGUGCCCCAGUUGGCGGGGUCCUCUUUGCAUUAGAAGAAAUAGCUUCCUGGUGGAGGAGUGCUCUUCUUUGGAGGACUUUUUUUACAACAGCAGUAGUAGCAGUGGUGUUGAGGACUUUCAUUGUUUUUUGCCGGGGUGGACAAUGUGGACUAUUUGGGGAAGGAGGCCUCAUCAUGUUUGAUGUCAACUCAGUGAAUCCCACUUACAGCAUUGCAGAUCUACUGGCUGUAAUAUUCCUUGGAAUGAUUGGAGGCAUUUUCGGGAGCCUUUACAAUUAUCUUGUGGACAAGGUCCUUCGCACUUACAGCAUCAUCAAUGAGAGAGGUCCUGUUUUUAAAAUCCUUCUUGCCAUCAUCAUCUCCCUUUUGACCUCCUGUUGUUCUUAUGGCCUUCCCUGGUUAUCAAAGUGCAUUCCUUGUCCUACUUCCUUGGGGGAUCAGUGCCCCACUGUAGGUCGCUAUGGAAACUUCAGAAGUUUCCAAUGUCCACCUAACCAUUACAAUGAGCGGGCUGCCGGGGGAGGACUACCAAGGAGGAGGCGAGCCGCGACGCAAGAGGGAGCGCGGGGGGGGACAGAAGGUGCAGCGCUCGACGCGGAGAGGCUGGAUUCGACGUCAGCUAGGCCUCCAGAAUUGAUAGAAAAGAAAGGACAGAGAAAAGAAAAGGGAAAGCUUGCAUUGAAAAAUAUACUUGCUUGA